CAAAUCGCAAUUCCCAAGUCCCAAUGAAAACUGUUUAGAAAUUCGAGAAAAUUGAUUUUGUUGUAAAGACCAGAAAAUCCCUCUCUAACCCACUCGCAAAGGUUGGUGUCCUCGUGGCCAGAAGGAGACACCAGCAAAACAAACACAGAAAUCAUCCCUUCCAUAUUUCAUUGCUCCCCUAUGAACCCAUUUUGCAGAGCAUUCAACCGCAAAAUCGCACAAAAAGAAGUGUAAUAAUCCCUCUUAAUUUGAAACAAAAAUGAAUAGACAAACCCUAGCUUCUUCAUCAUCAUCAUCAUCAUCAUCAUCACCAUCCCCAUCUUCUUCAUCAAUUGCUCCACCACCGGAGGAUGCUUGGAUUGAUUCUUACUUAAACUUACUUCCUCAGUGGCAAUCUCUUACUUCUUCCAACCAGGUUGCUGUUCUUAUGUCCCUUCUCUCUUAUUAUUUUUCAUCAUAAUUUUGGCAUUUCAUUUGGUUAAAAUUAGUUUAAAGUUGUAUAUUUUGAGUUUUUUGUAACGGGUUGUGGAAUUUCUUUGAAGUUGUCAACCUUAUGGUUAAUUUGUUGGUUUUCAGCUAUGUGAUAAAUUUCUGUUUUGGAAUUUACGAAAUGGAAGAAGAUUAGGUUUCUGUGUUUGUGCUUACUUGAAUUUUUCAAGCUGCAAAAAUUCACAUAGUAUGCUUUCUUUCCAUUCUAUUUGGUAUCAGCUGCACACUUGAAAGAUUUCCAAUGCAUCGGGUAAUGUUUUUCUGCUUGUUGUAUAACUUAAAAAGUAGCUGGCUGUGUUUUUGGGUUCAUAAGUUGUGUCAUUGUGCUUAAGGAUUGACUACAGUGAGUUAUAACUUAUUAAUUGGGAAAUAGAGAGUAUGAUCAUUAGGAAGUCUUCUAAGAGUUUUCUUUUGUUUGUGCCCAUGUACUUGGAAGCUCUUCUAUGAAAAUUUUCUGUUGUUGUAUGGGUAAGAUUAAUCUCCAAAAUGAUGAUAUUCUUGGCAGCCAGUCAUCCCAGUUGCGAUAUCUAGAGUCAAUCAGGUAGAUGCUGGUAGACUUGAUAUUGAAAUGUCUGCUAUGUUGAAGGAGCAAAUGGUGAAGGUUUUUUCUCUGAUGAAGCCAGGAAUGCUAUUUCAAUUUGAGCCCGAACUUGAUGCAUUCCUUGAGUUUCUAAUUUGGAGGUUCUCUAUCUGGGUGGAUAAGCCUACUCCGGGAAAUGGUCUAAUGAACUUAAGGUACAGAGAUGAGCGAGCUGUUGAAGUUAGAGAAAAAGUUAGAACGGGUUUGGAGGGACCUGGGCUUACAGUUGCUCAAAAGAUUUGGUAUUGUGUUGCUAGUGUUGGUGGGCAAUAUUUAUGGGCUCGUCUACAGUCAUUUUCUGCUUUUCGUCGGUGGGGGGACUCUGAACAGAGACCAAUCGGCCGUCGAGCAUGGUAUCUAAUACAGCGCAUAGAGGGAUUUUAUAGAGCGGCAUCUUUUGUCAACCUGCUUAUCUUUCUGUACACAGGAAGGUACAGGAGUCUUAUUGAGCGAUUUUUGCAGGCUAGACUCGUUUAUGGAAGUCCUCAUAUGAACAGAGCCGUGAGCUUUGAGUAUAUGAACCGCCAGUUAGUCUGGAAUGAGUUUUCGGAAAUGCUCUUAUUGCUUCUACCGCUUCAUAACUCAUCGUCAAUGAAAAGUUUGCUUCAUCCAUUUUCAAAGGAUAAAUCCUCAAAUGCUGGCAGUGAUGAAAGUUUUUGCCCAAUCUGCCAGGCGAAUCCCAGUAUUCCAUUUGUUGCUCUCCCUUGUCAGCACAGGUAUUGUUAUUACUGCCUACGAACUCGGUGCUCUGCAGCUCCUUCAUUUCGAUGCUCUAGAUGCAAUGAACCAGUUGUUGCCAUGCAACGGCAUGGUGGCUCCGUGGACAACCUUGCUCAGAAGUAAUAACUUUUUGCAGCAUAAAAAAAAUUUACAAAACAAUGCAGAUGUAAUCAGAGAAUGUAUGCUGUGAUGCGUGCCUGAAUUAGGAGGCAUCCUUGAUUGAGGGAAACCAAAAUUCCAACAUAAGCAUAUGUAAUAUGACCCAUUCUUUGCACAGGGUACUUGUUUGCCUCAAUUCAUAAUCCUCGCUGCCGGUAUUUAGUUUUCUAUGGUCAUAAUCCCUUCUUGCCAUUGCUGGUGUCUCUGUUGAUUGUAUCUGGUUAUCAUUUGAUUGUUGUACUUGGUGAAUCUUGUUAUCUGUAACAAUCCAGGUUCUUUGUAUUUUCUUGAGCCAUUUGUGUUUGUAAGUUUAGGUAACACAGGCAUCGUUGUUCAAAGGAACCGCUUGCUCUAAAAGAAAGCAUGAUCGAAUUGCAGUUUCAUUCGGUGUAUUGUUUCUUAUGCAGCAAAAAGCUUUAGACGUGUGAAGUAGCUUAGAAAUCAAUUUAGUAGGUUUUUACUCCUAAAGUCUUAUUCCUGUUCUUCCCUUUUUUUUUUGUUUUUUUUUUUUGUGGCUUCUUUAUCACCCUCAAAUGCAUUUUGGAAGAGUUAACUAGUUUAUUGAAUUUUCAAUUUUAAUUUUCUUGCAUUUUUAUCUUGUGGAUUUUAUUUACUACUAUUUCUCUCAUUUGGCAGAACAAAACUCAACGCUAAAUGUCCGAGGUUAGAAUGCCAUUGGCACCCGUGGAAUUUUUU